UUGUGUCAUACAUGACAAUAUUACAGAAUACAAAAAAUUGAUUUCUCUUCAAUUCGUUUCCAUUUUUGUGCUUUUACUGUCUGCCUGACCUGCCAAUAUUGAACGCAGUUGCUGUAUUUAGAGGGAUUUCUUCUACUCUAAGUAGAUUGGUACCUAAGCAUAGGUAUUUUAAGUCAAGUCAGCACAAACUGUCAAAGUAGGUAGGUAAUAUAUGGCGUUUUUAUUUUCCAGAUUCAGUCAGCUGGCCCCGUACGAUGGCGCUAGUAGAGCCAUUUAGAUAUACAUCAAUAUAUAGAAUAUAGAUAUAAGUACGGAAGUAGAUGGAUACCUAUCAACGUGUUUACCUUGCAUUUAGCAUCAGGAAAAUGAGGUAUAAUUAUCGGUAUUUGUGUCAAGAUAAGGUCCGAUCUACAAUUGUGGUGCUGUUGAUACUAAUAUGAAACAGCGGAAAUUUUAGGUUGUUACCUGUUACCUAGGUAUCUGGUAUCACCAGUAAUUAUUUGGUAUUGCAAGGACUAUUUAUGCAAUAAGUCAUUUUUAGAUUGCUUUUGCUUCAUUAAUGGCUCUUCUACUAUUUGUCAUGUCCAUUGUUUACAGUGUCAGCCUAAAACAUUGAAUCAUCCCAGUGAUCCAGGAUAAUUCUCCCUGGUUAUCUAUAUGUUGAACACACACUAAAUGGCACUGAUACAGAAAUUAGUAGGUAGAUAUUAAGUCCUUUAUGUAUAUGCAUCAAUAACUAACAAGCUCUGCUAGUGCCAUCAUAAGGCACCAGCUCGCCAGCCAGCUGACUGAAUCCAGAAAAUAACAAGAGAGUGUUCCUGAUGUCUGCCUUGGUGCCGCGGGCGGCCGGCUUGGUGCCCCGGCUGGCGGGUCCGGUCCGGCCCGGCUCCACGGCGGCAGGCGCCGCUCCGACGUUCGUCAACAAGAACCCGCGUAACCUGGAGCGGAUGCGGCUGGCGCGCAAACAGGAGGGCUGGAGACUGGAGCCCGAGAGCCGGAUGUACUGGCACAGGGCCGUGUUCGAGGCCACCAACCGGCACACGUCGGCGCACGUGGAGCACCAGGCCGGCCGGCGGCUGGCGUCGGCCUCCAGCCGCGAGCUGUGCGUGCGCCGACACCUGUUCUCGGCGGUGGACGUGUGCGCCGCCGAGGCGGUCGGCCGCGUGCUGGCGCGCCGCUGCCUCGAGGCCGGCAUCACCGAGCUCGAGUUCCCCACCACCGAGGAGCAGCUGGAGCGAUCCAACAGGCUGCGGUCCUUUGUACGCGCGAUGGAGGAGGAGGGCCUGAAACUGCAGGAGCCGCCCGCCAUCAAACCCGAGCCCUGGUGGAGCAAGGACCGCCAGCAGAAGCCGUGGCACGUGCCCGAAGAGGAAGUGGUCGGAUAACGACGGCCGACUGCGUCCCAAUAGUGAUAUGUCGCGAGUGUCCAGUGAGUCGCUGUAAUUGUACACAUUAAAAAUGGUCAUAUGUA